CGCUCAGUCAAGUAUAAUCACUGCACAAGAAACAUUUCGCUAUGUCGCUCUAUAUGUUCGUGGUGUUGUUUAUGGUGUUGCUAGCACAAGAUGGCGGCGCUGACGUCACAGGCGCCCUCUGGGAGAACUAUAGUCUUAGACAAGAGAGGAGCUCACAGCAAGCAGGACCUCUGACCGAUUUGAAAUCAUCAUGCCAAAUCGAAUGCAAGAACAACGGCACAUGCGUGGACAAUACAUGCCUAUGUCCGUUCAGCUUCUACGGCAAGUACUGCGAGAAGACACCAUGCCUCGAUGGCCAACCACUACCCAACAACUCUAACAGACGGUGCACUGCACACCAGAUUCUAACUCCUCCUAGCGGCGAUUACAACCCUGCUAGAACCAAAAGAUCCAUCCUUGUUCGAGAACCUACAAUUCGGUGUCCAGAUAGCCUUAUUUGGAACCCUAUAGCAAAAUUGUGUGUGCCUGUCGAAAAAAAUAUGUAGCUUCCUAAAGUAAAUUAUAAUUUAGUUUGUCACGAAGGAAAAGCAAGGGGUUGACAAACAGACAAACAUUGACUUCUUUUAUUUUUUCGUAUAAUUAUUGUAUAUUAAAUUAUUUUUAUUAUUUAUUUAUGUAAUACAGAUAUGUAGAUAUUUGGCUAACUAUGGGCCUUAUUAGCAGGCUCAAAGCCACUCAGCGGGCGAUGGAGUGAGCUAUGCUCGGGGAUUCUCUGCGUGAUCGAAUCAGAAAUGUGGAGAUCCGCAGACGAACUAAAGUCACUGAUUUAGCUCAGCGAGUCGCGAAGCUGAAGUGGCAAUGGGCAGGCCACAUAGUUCGAAGAGCCCGUUGCGAGCGAUGGACGUUGGGGUCCCAAGGUGCUGGAAUGGCGACUCCGCACAAGUAAGCGCAGUGUUGGCCGACCCCCCACCAGGUGGACUGACGACAUCAAGCGAGUCGCAGGGAUUCGCUGGAUGCAGGCGGCUCAAUAUCCUGAUGUUUGGAAGUCCCUGCAAAAGGCCUAUGUCCUGAAGUGGACGUCCAUCGGCUGAUAUGAUGAUGAUGAUGAUAUGAUUCAAUUAUCAUUUUACCGACGACGCAAACGCAUUACCGAUCGGUCCGUGAGCUCACCCAGGGGUCAUGCCUGAAAAUCAGUACAGUAACUCAGCUGUAGCAUAGAGCUGAGGCAGCGCCCCAUUCAGCUAAAUGUUUAAUAGUAUCGUCAUCAACCCAUAUUCGGCUCACUGCUGAGCUCGAGUCUCCUCUCAGAAUGAGAGGGAUUAGGCCAAUAGUCCACCACGCUGGCCCAAUGCGGAUUGGCAGAUUUUACACACGCAGAGAAUUAAGAUAAUUCUCUGGUAUGUAGGUUUCCUCACGAUGUUUUCCUUCACCGAUUGAGACACGUGAUAUUUAAUUUCUUAAAUUAAAUAUCACGUGUCUCAAUAUUUCUUAAAUUAAAUUAAGUUUAGUAGUAUUAAGCACUAAUAGACUAACUUAUGCUUGUACAUUCUUAAAUAAUUUUAAUAUUUUUUAAUUAGUUUGUAAGCUAGCAGAUUGUAAUUUCUCUCUCUUUUUUUGGCUGAAUAAAGGAUUUUAUAAUUUUUUUAUUAUUAAUAAAAUAAAUAAAAAAUAA